AUGACUUAUCACGAGAUUAAGACGCUCGAGAUUGAUAGAUUUUUUGAACCAUUGGACAAUCUCGUUGCAAUCUUUCGACGGCCAAAUAGUAACCUCUUUGACUGGACAAUCUGUAAUCAUGAGCUCGUUGUGACGCAGUCACUUGUAAGGAAGCAUUGUUCGUCCGAAGAAAUGCCUGCUGCUUUGGAAGAGGAAGAUCACUUUGAGACGUUGAAAUGGAGCAGUGUGAACUGUCAAGGCGAGUUCCAUUUACAGCUUGAUGCAGGAGCCAUUUCCCUGGUCGCAAAGCUUCCUGUUACGAAUGACUUGUCAUCAUAUUCUCGACUGGCUCGGAUUGUUCAGUUGGCGCAGCUCAUACCUGAUGGCUUGCAGGCAUUUGAAGCUGCACCUUACGUUGGUGAUGAAUGGCCGAGCUUCAUCCGGGCCGAUAGCCAAGAGCUACAGGGCAAGAGUAGAUUCAUUGUACCCCUUGCACACGAUCUCGAAAGCAGUGACAACGUCCCUGUGGUACUCGGGAUCUUUCUCCGCUACUGA